ACAGAAGUUCCUGUAGCUAACGACGGCUCCUGUGCUGCCGCUCAUAGCGUCUCAUCCACUAAAGAAUGGGGAGCACUGUGUUACUAUGGGUUGGGGUUAUGCCUUGGAUUAUCUCUCGUGUGUGCUCAGUCUCACUGCCAGAAAUUAGCGACGAGAGCUUCAUCAGCGAAUGUGUGGAGGAACACAACAGAGCGCGGAGAGCUGUCAGUCCACCCGCGAGCGACAUGCUGUACAUGACAUGGGAUGAGGGCUUGGCCAUUACUGCAAGAGCGUGGGCAAAACGCUGCGUGUUCGAACACAACAUUCACCUCAAAGAUGCCCAACGCAUGCACCCCAGUUUCCCUUCUGUAGGAGAAAACAUAUGGGUGGGCUACCCACCAUCAUCUUUUAGUGUAGCGGCUGCCAUGUGGAGAUGGGUGAACGAAAAAGAAAGUUACAGCUACAAAGCCAACUCUUGUACAGAUGUGUGCGGCCACUACACACAGGUCGUGUGGGCAAGUAGCUACAAGGUUGGUUGCGCUGUCCAGCUGUGCCCCAACGGUGUGCGUCAAUUUACUGCUGCAAAGGGGGCUAUUUUCGUAUGCAACUAUGCCACAGCUGGUAAUACAAUUGGAAGGCAGCCAUAUAAAUCUGAAGAGGCAGUCUGCUCUGGUUGCAAAGGCUAUUGUGAAGACAAGCUGUGCCGUGACCAGGAACGAGAUUUACGGAGACGCUACAACUGGACACCAGACUGGGACACGGACGAGACACAGAAAUGGGACCUGCGCUCGACACAGAACCAGGACCUGCGCUCGACACAGAACACAGACUCCAGCUACAGGAAUAUACUGAUCAUCAGGCCCAUUGCCCUCAUCUUCACCUUCAUCACAGCGUACGCCGUCCGUUACCUUUACCCUGAUGUCUUCUGCUAUGAAUAGAGCAGUUAGGACCUUGACAAUAUGGACCCCUCUUAGAGAUCAACAAGUUUUUUUUUGUUGUUGUUGGUCUUUAGGUGGCUUAUAGCAAUGAUGCAAAAAACUGCUUGAAACCUAUGUAUACGAAAACUACGAAACAUGGCACCACCGUUACGGAAGUCACACUGGAUGAGCAGAUCCGAUUGUUACCCUUGUUUCGUCAAGCACCAAAGGCCAUUUAAUGUAAAAAUCAUCUUUGCUGGGAAAAAUUGUAAGUGGUUGACAUGUCUCAAAUCUCAUCAGAGGUGAAAAAGUCAGCAUGACCCUUUGCUGCAGACGGUGAUUAACAUGGAAGUGAUUUAGCGUCUUUCAGUCAAAUCUUACAAUGAUGUGGCCGAAGUAUCAAACGGCAGAAAGACAGUGGUGGCUACUGGCUGGUUGAACACAGUCAAGAAUUGAGCAGCACAUUCCGUACGUCGUAAGCUUUGACUGCAUAUCCAACACUGCAAUAGAUAAUGAAAAUGGAUACGACCGGUUGACACAUCAUUGCUUCAGAUAAGAGACACAAAAAGAACUUCAAGCCAGACCAACUGUCACUUCGUGUCUUACCUUGUUGCUUCAUAUCACCGGCUGCCAGUAAAAAUGUGUUGUAAUUUGUUGCACUCUCGCUAGUACAUCCUCCAAACCAGAGCUAAGAGGAAAGCCAUUACAUAGGCAAAGAGAAACCUGUAUACGAAAAGAUCACUUUUGCUUAGCAACGGCUGGCCUUCAGCAGAUUGGUCCCUCCAUAUGAGCUGGGUUCUGCUCAAGGUUUCUUCCUGUUAAAGGGGAGUUUUUUCUUGCCACCGUCACCCUCAGGCUUGCUCUGGAGGUUGCAGGCUGGUUUUUGUGAAGUGUCCUGAGACGAUUUGUAUUGUUAUUGCCGCUAUAUAAAUAAAACUGAAUCGAAUUGAACUAAAUGUCUUAUUUAAGCCCCAUUUUAAAUUAGUCUGAC